GAACAAACGAGCCAACAGAAGCAGAAAACUUUGUGAGAGAGAGAGAGAGAGAGAGAGAGUAAAUGCAAGUACUGAAGCUAUUUUGAUUUGUUGAUAUCCACUCAAUCGGACAGAAAGAUAACGGUGUCUUGGCUCUUGUUGAUAGGAAGCUUGGAAUUUGGAGCGAGUUGGGAAUCUGCUAUGGCUACUACUGGAUCUUGUACUUUUAGCUGUAAAGGAGUGAUUUUGUUGAUUAGUUUUAUUGUGCUAGCUUCACUGGUACUUUACCCAAAGCAUCAACAGGGUAAUAUACAGUCUGCUAAUUACUUGAGAAAAGCUUUUAACUUCUUAGAGAACAAAGAUGAUGAUCAUCAUCAAUCGCAUUACGAACAUCAUUGGCCAGAAUUGAGAUUUGGAUGGAGAAUUGUGGUUGGAACAGUAAUUGGAUUCAUGGGAGCCGCAUUUGGCAGUGUGGGAGGUGUCGGUGGGGGUGGCAUUUUUGUUCCGAUGCUCAGUUUAAUUAUUGGAUUCGACACAAAAUCAUCAGCAGCGAUGUCAAAAUGUAUGAUCACUGGAGCAUCUUUGUCCACGGUGUAUUAUAACUUGGGGCAGAAGCAUCCAUCACUCGACCUGCCGGUGAUCGACUAUGAUCUGGCCCUUCUUUUUCAGCCCAUGUUGAUUUUGGGAAUUAGCAUUGGAGUUGAUUUGAAUGUCAUUUUGGCUGAUUGGAUGAUCACAGUAUUGUUGAUCAUCCUCUUCUUUGUUAUUGCAACCAAGGCAUUUUGGAGAGGUGUUCGAACAUGGAAGAAGGAGACCAUUGUUAUACAUGAGGAAGCUAGGCGGGUAGAACCAAAUGGAGACUUUAUGGAUGAAGCAGAAUGCGAAGUUGAAGGUGAAGAUACAAGUGAUAAAAAAAGAAAGGUGUCGAUUGUUGAGAAUGUAUACUGGAAGGAGGUAGGAUUGCUGGUUGGAGUAUGGGUCAUAAUCCUGGCACUGCAGAUUGCUAAGAAUCACACGUCAACUUGCUCGUGGGCGUACUGGGUGUUUAAUGUAUUACAGAUUCCAGUAGCAGUUGGUGUGAGCUCGUAUGAGGCGGUGAGCGUGUAUAAAGGCAAGCGAAAGAUGGCUUCGAGGGGAGAAGCCCGAGCCGAGUGGAAGGCGUGGAAGCUGGUGUUUUUUUGUCUGUGUGGAGUGGUGGGUGGCAUUGUGGGUGGUUUGUUGGGGCUUGGUGGAGGAUUCAUUUUGGGUCCACUUUUUCUUGACAUGGGAUUU